CCUGUUCUUACAAUCUUCCAUGAAAAAUGCAGUCAUUUCUAUACCAGAUGCUGGCGAUAUUGUUUGUAUUUUCUUUUGUCUGGCUAUCGAAUAGCAUAUCCUUAUCUGAGGUGGACUGGAAGAAUAACACGCUUCCGCGCAUUCAUCACCGCAGUAAAGUUAUAACCGGGGUGGACAUCAUAGCCAGUCACAACUAUCCGGUGGAGACGCACACUGCGGUCACCAGGGAUGGCUAUAUAGUGUCUAUUUUCCGAAUCCCAUCAUCAAAGCUGUGUGGUCAAAGCGGGCCAAAGCCAGUUGUUUUACUUACCCACGGCAUGACUGGCUCGGCGGACACAUGGCUCUUAACUGGACCCCGGGAUGGACUGCCCUUUUUGUUGGCCGAUGCUUGCUACGAUGUGUGGCUGAUCAACUGCCGCGGAACACGGUACUCCAGGAAGCAUCGCACACUCAAGACCUGGAAGUUAAAGUUUUGGCGUUUUAGCUGGCAUGAACUCGGAAUGGAGGACUUGCCCGCCACUAUUGACCACAUACUGACCACCACAAAACAGAGUUCUUUGCACUACGUGGGUCACUCUCAGGGAUGUACAGUCAUGGUGGUCAUGCUCAGCAUGAGACCGGAGUACAAUAAGCGGAUCCGGACUGCCAGCCUACUGGCCCCGCCUGUCUUCUUGAAAAAUUCCCUUUCCCUGGGUCAUAAAAUAAUUAGGCCUCUUUUGACAUUUCUACCGGACAUGGAGUUGAUGCCCCAUAUGAAGUCGCUGAAUUCCGCGAUAUCAGGCAUGUGCAAGAGUUCUGGCCUGAGGACCGCUUGCAACGCACUGUAUCUGCUGAGCAAUGGACAAGUAUCUCAGCACAUGAACAGAACCGUCAUUCCGUUGUUACUUGCCACUCACCCGGCUGGGAUCUCUACCAGGCAGCCGAAACACUACUUCCAGCUCAAGGACUCCGGCAGAUUCCAACAAUACGACUUUGGAUUCGCAAUGAACUAUCUUAUCUACAGGCAAUCCUCGCCCCCAGAUUAUCACCUGGAAAGGGUCAGUCCGCUCUCCGCCAUCCAUAUAUUCUACAGCGAUGACGAUGGAUCCAUCUCUCCGAGGGACAUUCAAUACCUUGCCCGGAAGUGGCCUAACGCGGUCACCCAUCAUAUCAAGGAUAAAACCUGGGACCACAUGGACUUCUUGAUAGCCAAUAACGUAAAUGAAAUGGUUAAUUAUCCAAUUAUCAAGAUUAUCAAGAGUUUCGAGGAAAAUAAUAAGCAUAGCAGAAGGAAUCAGAAGGGGGAAAUCAUGAUGAAUGCAAUUUUAAAUGAAUUUUAAUA